GCCAGCUCCCUCCGCCACCAUGGUAAACUUGUGGCGGUUCCUAUGGGCUUAUCGGAAGUAUCUGAUGUCCGUCCUGUUUCCACUCUUGCUGCUGCCCCUGCCCCUCGUGCUCCCAUACCAGGAAGCCAAAUGUGCCUAUGCUAUCAUCCUCAUGGCACUCUUGUGGUGCACAGAGACCCUGCCACUAGCUGUCACUGCCUUUCUUCCCAUCAUCCUCUUCCCCAUGAUGGGCAUCAUGGAUGCAUCAGAGGUUUCCGUAGAGUACUUGAAGGACACCAACAUCCUUUUCAUUGGGGGCCUCCUGGUGGCCAUAGCUGUGGAACACUGGAACCUUCAUAAGCGCAUCGCUCUUCGAGUUCUCCUCAUCAUUGGCGUGAGGCCAGCAUUCUUGAUCCUGGGCUUCAUGGUGGUCACGGCAUUCCUCUCCAUGUGGAUCAGCAACACCGCCACCACGGCAAUGAUGGUGCCCAUCGCUCACGCCGUAUUGGAGCAGCUACACAAAGCCCCAGAGGAGAAGGAUGGUGAGGCAGGCCACGUCAACAUCUCCUUUGAGCUCCAAGAGCCUUACUAUAAUCCUGAGAAAGAACCACCGAGCCUGAAUGAGAAGGGGGAACCAAGGCCUCCCACCUCCACUACCCUGCCCCUCGCCUUCCUCCCCCCCCCAGAGAACAGCCCUAUCCCAUCAUCAAUGCCACCGGAAUACAAGGAGAAGGAGGAGGAGGAAGAGGAGGGGAAGGAGGAGGACAGGGAGAGGGACCACCUCAAAUUCUCCCAAGGCAUGAGCCUCUGCGUCUGCUAUGCUGCCAGCAUUGGGGGUAUAGCCACACUGACAGGCACCACUCCCAACCUGGUGUUACAGGGACAAAUCAACUCGCUCUUCCCAAAGAACCCCAGUGUGGUGAACUUUGCUUCCUGGUUUGGUUUUGCCUUCCCCACCAUGGUUCUCCUACUGCUGCUCUCCUGGAUAUGGCUCCAGAUCCUGUUCCUGGGAUUUAACUUCCGGAAGAACUUCAGUUGUGGAAAGAAAAGUCGAGAAAAAGAGAGAGCAGCCUACCAGGUUAUCCAGGCUGAACACAAGAAGCUGGGCCCCAUGAGCUUUGCUGAGAUAGCUGUCACCAUCCUGUUCUUCAUCCUAGUUGUACUCUGGUUCACCAGAGAACCUGGCUUCUUCCGUGGAUGGGGCAACGCGGCCUUUCCUAACAAGAAUGGGGAAAGGUGAGACAUCCACUGGAAGCCUCAUGCUUGGGGUGAGGAAAGGGGAAAAGGGGUAAUGAAUGGCUCUGAAAGUGAGCAAGCAGAUCCCACUCAAUUGAGAAGAAAUGGAUAUAUACUGCAGAGAAGGAAGCAAAGGAAGGAAAGAGAGA